AUAUCAAAAACUGCAAAAGACUAAAGAAGCUGCCCAGAGAGAUUUGCAAGCUAAAAGUUCUUAAAACCUUCAUAAUAUCUGGUUGCUCAAAUCUUGUAGAGUUGCCCAGAGACUUGUGGAGGAUGCAAUCCUUGGAAGUGUUUCUUGCCAAUGAAAUCCCAAUGAGUCAAUUACCCUCUAAGAGAAAACAGAACCCAAUAUGGCAUGCACUUAUCCGGUCUUGGGUUCCAAAUCCGAAAAAAGUUCUAGACCUUCCAUGGGUUUCUUUACCAAAGUCUUUGGUUAAAAUAAGUCUAUCUGGGUGCAACCUAUCUGAAGUUGAUUUUCCCAGGGACUUCAGUAAUUUAAUGUCGUUGCAGAACCUAGACCUCAGUAAAAAUCCAAUCAGUUGUCUUCCAGAUUGCAUCAGAACUCUUUCCAGGCUCAAUAAUCUUGAAUUAGCUUCUUGUACGAUGCUUAAAUUUCUCAUAGACCUACCUCGUGUCCACAAUUUGGGGCUGGGAUACUGCACUUCCCUAGAAAGAGUAACAUAUCUAUCAGUAGGGUGUCGGGCAAAAGUUUACCAUUUAAAUGGCUGUAAAGAACUCACUGAUAUGGAGGGAAGCUAUAAGUUGGAAUCCAUGGGAGGAGUUGAGAAAACAAUGAAGUCGUUGGAAUUAAGCAUGUGGGAUUCUGUCGGAAGCUUUGAAGUGAAAUUGUAUAACAAUUCAACUCAUACAGAAAGUAGAGGACCAGUAAAGGUAUUGUUUGAAAGCGGAAUGAUCAGCAUAUAUCUUCCAGGGAGCAUGGUUCCUGAUUGGUUUUGUUACAAGAGUGCUGGAUCAACUCUAUCUUUCACCGUCCCUUCAUCUCCUGAUCUCAAGAUCCAGGGCAUAACUGUGUGCUCAGUGUACACAAUUGACUGGAAAGUCUGGAUUGAGGGUAUCCAGUUUUAUUUGAUAAUCCAUAAUGAGCAGAAGAAUGUGAAACUGAUUUAUAGCCCGACUUGCUAUGGUCUUCCUGAAGCCCAAAACGAAAUGUUAUGGUUCACCCAUUGGAUAUUUCUGAGUCAGCUGGAUGCUGGUGACACCUUGAAUGUCUCAGUUGUUACUAUGGAGGGUUUUAGCAUCAAGGAAAUUGGUAUUCACUUAAUGCAUGGAGAGCAAGUAGACAUGGUUUUGAACUCAAACAGUCAAGAAAUGCAGCGAGAUUAUCCUUAUCAGGGGAUGAUGCCUGCCAAACGUCAAGGGCUUGUAGAUUUAUACUGCUAUGGCCAUAUGGGGAUUGGAUUGGACUUCAUUUUGCCCUACAUACCAUGAGAUCCAUGAAUGGGAAUACAUAUACCUGCUAAAAUCUUUGGAGGAGUCGGAUGCAAAAUAUGAUAUCUUAGCCAUCGUCUCCCCAAGUAUCUUCUUUUUUCUUCCUUCAUUUGAAAUUUCAUUUUUCUAGAAAGAACUAUUUAUGUGGAAUUUGGGUGACAAUCAAUACUUCUAUCGUCAUCUUAUUCAUAAUUAUAUUUUAU